UCAUAAAUUAUAAAAGAUAAAUUUUGUAUACAUGAUCAAAUGCUCUAAGAUGCAUAUAGUUCCUGCAGGAUAUUUUUAGAGGAAUAAAUUGAUUUCUACAUAUUGCAUCUUUAUUUUCUUUCACUCUGCAUUAUAUUAGUGCAAAGACAGUAUAUAUAAGAAGACGGUGGACCUACACUGCUCCUCGAUCGUUGAGAAAUAGUUUCACUUUUCUCACCAAAAACUUCUUGUGGAUCAAAAGUUUCAUUUUCUUUCAACCCAAAAAAAAAAAAAAAAAAAAAAAAAAAAAAAAAAAAAAAACUCUAGUCUAAACCCCUGUUGCUUUUCUAUUCUACAGUGAUGACUCAGUUUCCCAUUACUCCGGGAAACUUUUUAUUUUUAUUUUUAUUUUUUGUAGUAUCAUAUUGAUCUUUCUUACUGAAAUUGCUCACAAGAACAGUCUUAAAGCACUUGAUCUCUCUCUGUGCUUGCUUAACUUUCUCGAUGGAUGCAGGUACUAGAGCACUUUUGCUUCUGACAAUUCUCUUCAACAUCCAUUUCUCCCUGGCUCAAGAUGAAAACCAGUUCACUUACAAUGGCUUCCAUGGAGCCAACUUGCAUCUUGAUGGAGUUGCCAAAAUCCACCCAAAUGGUUUGUUGCAGCUCACCAACAUUUCAAGGCAGCAAAUGGGUCAUGCUUUUUACAAAAUUCCCGUAAGUUUCAACACAUCUUCCCCUUCUUCUAUUCCUUUCCCAUCGUUUUCAACAAACUUUGUAUUCGCCAUGGUUCCUGAACUCCCAGAUAUCGGUGGUAAUGGCAUAGCCUUCACCAUCUCACCAUUUAUGGCCUUUGAACAUGCUGUCCCAAGUCAGUACUUGGGGUUAUUCAAUAUAUCAACCAAUGGCCUUCCUACGAACCAUGUGUUGGCAAUCGAGCUGGAUACAAUUCAGAACCCUGAAUUUGAAGAUAUAGAUAACAACCAUGUUGGAAUUGACGUGAACAGCUUGAAAUCAGUUCAAUCGGCUCCUGCAACGUACUUUCCAACAGAAGGGAAGAAUAUACGCUUGAAGCUCUUAAAUGGAGAUCCGAUGCAGCUUUGGAUCGAUUAUGAUGCAGCACAUAAAAUACUCAAUGUAACAAUAGCCCCAGUAAGGAGCACGAAACCAAACCGGCCUCUCUUGUCAACACCAAUUGAUCUUUCCCAAGUUCUCUUAGAAAAUAUGUAUAUUGGUUUCUCUGCAGCCACAGGGGCAUUUUCAAGUGACCAUUAUGUGCUUGGAUGGAGCUUCAACAGGACUGGACCAGCGCAAAGUCUUGAAACAUCAAAGCUUCCUCUGCUUCCUCCACACAAGAAAAGUAGCCAGAAGCCAAGUAAUAUCAUUAUAAUAUCACCUAUAACUGCAAUUGUUGUUCUGAUAAUGGUUAUUGGAGCUGUUUACUUUAUAAGGAGGAAGAAAUAUGAAGAAUUACGGGAAGAUUGGGAAACAGAAUCUGGUCCUCAAAGGUUCUCCUAUAAGAAUCUUUACAUAGCAACAAAAGGUUUCAAAGGAACGGAGCUUCUCGGAGCAGGAGGUUUUGGAAAGGUUUAUAGAGGAACACUUCCUACUUCUGAUGUCCAAGUAGCUGUCAAGAGAGUUUCCCAUGAUUCAAAACAAGGGAUGAAAGAAUUUGUGGCUGAGAUAGCCAGCAUGAGAAGGCUGAGGCACAGAAACCUGGUACAGCUCUUUGGGUAUUGCCGGCGAAAGGGAGAACUACUCUUGGUUUAUGAUUAUAUGCCCAGUGGAAGUCUUGACAAGUUCUUGUUCAGCAAUGAGAAACCAACCCUCAGCUGGUUUCAUAGAUUUCAAGUUCUCAAAGGUGUUGCUUCAGCUCUUCUUUACCUCCAUGAAGAGUGGGAACAAGUAGUUUUGCAUAGAGAUGUAAAGGCUAGCAACGUUCUUUUAGAUGCUGAUUUAAAUGGAAGGCUCGGAGAUUUUGGGCUUGCUAGACUAUAUGACCAUGUUACCUGUCUUCAAACCACUCAUGUGGUUGGGACUGUGGGUUAUCUGGCUCCAGAGCUGACUAAAACUGGAAAAGCAACUACUCGCACUGAUGUGUUUGCUUUCGGGGCAUUUAUGCUUGAAGUGGCUUGUGGAAAGAGGCCUAUUGUACUACAAGGACACACUGAAGAGUUAAUUCUGGUGGAUUUGGUCAUGGAGUGCUGGAGGAGUGGUGCAAUCCUUGAUGCCAGUGAUCCAAAAUUGGAAGAUAAUUACUCGGCAGAGGAGAUGGAGUUGGUUUUGAAACUUGGCCUGCUUUGUUCACAGUCUAUUCCAGCAAUGAGACCCAACAUGAGGCAAGUGAUGCAGUAUUUGGAUGGCAGUGCUAGUUUGCCAGAAAUUCAAGCUGAUAGAAUUGUUUGUUCAAGUACAUUUAGAGCAAGUAAUGAUUAUAAAGCAUCUGAUUUGGUAAUAUCAUUUUCCUCUUCAUUUGGAAAAUAUUCUGCUCCUUCCUUGUCAAGCAAUGAAUCAAUCCUCCACAAAGGACGUUGAAUUAGAAUUUUUUUUCUUUUUUUCUCUGAAUCUGUUAUUAGGGUGACUUAACCCGUGAAAUCCAAGGUGCUUAUCAAUUGUUUAUGGGAGAGAUGGAAGAAUCUUAUGAAGAACACAAUGUAUAUAUGUGUGCUUGUCAAUUGUCAAUGAUAUUUGCAGAUAUUUUUCCCUCGUUGAAUAACAA